AUGGCAUCCCGCUUUCACGGGUACAUCCCAGUGGGAUGCCUGAUUGGCGACGACAUCGUCAAUCCAUCACGAGAUACAGCGCCAACAGUCCUCCACAACUGGCACGUGCCAGGAGAAGAUACGCCAGUGAAGAGCAGGACGCCCGAGGGCUGCGCGGUGCCUCCAAAUAUCCGUGCUAGGUUCUUGAUCCGAGAUGGCCUCUUACGUCUCUAUGAAUCAAAUUGGAUCAAAUUGGAGCACAUUGCACUAUCCGGUUCAGCAGAGGUUCUCAGGAUAUACAUCCUUCCCGACGACGUUGACAACAAUAAUGUCCCGAGAUCAGAUGUAAAGCUGCAGAAGGACCGUCGAGCCCUCUUUACUAGGCUCGACUUUUCUCCAGAAGCGUGGAGUGGCAGACCUGGGACAACCCCUCGAUCAAGUCCAGAGCCCGCAGAAUCCACCACCGAAGAAGAGCUUUCUUUGCUAGACAUGUUCAACAACAUUCCCUCUCCUGACCCGGACCCAGACACGAUUGUUGACCCUGCCAGCCGGGAGUCAGUCGAUCAAUUACUCGCCAGCAGAGUCAAAGGUCUCGUAACAUCACUCUAUCUCUACCAGCGUCAAUCAGCAGCCUUGAUGGCCAUGAGGGAAGCUCAGCCUGGGGAAACGCUUGACCCUCGACUCCUCCGAGUGAAAGAUCAGGCCGGAGAAGAUUGGUAUUACGAUGCCGCGGCAGGUGUUAUCCUGCGAGAGCCGCGCUACUACGACGGCGUCCGAGGCGGCAUCCUCGCCGAGCAAAUGGGCGCCGGCAAGACCCUGAUCUGCCUCGCUCUGAUCCUCGCGACUAAGUCCCUGCCGACACGGGUUCCUGCCCAUUGCCUCCGCGACCGCACUGAGACGGGCCGGAUCAGAUCGCUCGCUGACAUGGCCGCUGCCAAGCUUACAGCCGAAGGUAUUCCGUGGAGAUAUCACUUUGGUGCAGAGUCGGGCUUGGAGCACUCGGCAUGUGUCAAGGUACUUACUCGCAACCCCGGCUUUUACCGGCUGCCCUCUGCCAACACUUCCCGGCGAGGUCGCACCAGCACCGAGCCAGCGUACGCAAGAAGAAUCGCGAUCAGCCAUUCUUCGCUGAUUGUUGUACCAAACAAUCUGCUCAAGCAAUGGCAAGGGGAAGUCAAGUUGCACACAACGGACAGCCUCAGUGUUCUUGUUCUGCACGACAAGGGUCCCGUACCUGCCGUCAGUGAGCUUGCGCUCUAUGAUGUGAUAUUUCUCACGCACUUUCGUCUGGAAAGAAUGGUCAGAGCUGGCACUUGGGAAGAAAACCCCUUGGGAGGCAUCCUCUUCAAGCGAUGUAUCGUAGACGAAGGCCACAAGCUUGGCAACUCUACUCAUAACGCCCGGAGUGAUUUCCUCCUCGGACUUGACAACAUUCACACAUCGUCCAGAUGGAUUGUUAGCGGUACACCCUCGAAGGGGCUCUACGGAGUGGACGAGCAGAACCGAGAAGAUCAAGGAGUUACCAAGUCGACAGCGGAGCAGUCGAGAAUCACGGAGAAGGGCGACCUGGCAAGGAUAGGAGCGAUAGCGACCCUCUAUCUCAAAGCCCGCCCAUGGGCCAACAGCGGCCUCCAUGGCAGCAAGUCACCCUGGUCCGUGUACGUCAUGCAGCCAAGACACCUCGCCAGUGGCGCCGGCAGCAGCACGGCGCUGCGGGCGACGCUCAAUUCGCUCAUCAUCCGGCACCGUCUCUCGGAGCUGACCCAUGUGCUUCCGGAAGUUGACGAGAAGACCGUCCUCCUCGAUGGCUCCUACCAGGACAAGCUCUCUCUCAACAUCUUCUCCAUGGUGAUCGUCGCCAACGCGGUGCAGUCGCAGAGGACGGACGCCGACUACUUCUUCCACCAGCGCAACCGCAAGUUCUUGCUUCAGCUAGUACACAACCUCAAGCAGGCGAGUUUCUUCGGAGGGUCUUUCUUCUCGCAUGAUGAUAUUGCCACAUCUCUCGAUACAGCGGUCACCUUUUUGCACGAUGGCAAAGUGCCAAUCAGCAGCGAUGACCAGGCCCAGCUCCGUCAGGCUAUAGAUGUGGCGAAGCUGGCUCUAGAGAAUCCUCUCAAAAACCUGAGCAACGCUUUCCACGAGAUGCCUGUCUACGUCCGCAAUUUCCUUCCCGACAGCGCAGGAGCAGGGUGGUCUAUUGACCACACGGCGGACGACCCAGUGUGCACAAACGCCCCGCUGAUCAUGGCCGCGCAGAAGCUCAUCCGCCCCGCUCUCAGUGAUGAGGCGGCCCUCAACAGUCUCCUCAACGGAGGACUUCUCGCCGCAGGCCGGCGGCACCGCGACCAGGCCGAGUUGGAGGCCAAGGAAGACAGCAUCCCUCGCGGGUCGGCGGCGGAGGCGGCGAGAAACAAGAUGCUCGCGGGAAACACGAAGCUCGGCGACGACCAGAGCGUCAAGAAGCUGCGGACGAACGCCGUGAAAGCCUCGCUUGGAGGUGAACAAAAGCGGGGUGAUGUUGAUGUUGUGAUCCCCGAGGCGUUUGCCAAGGCGGAGCUCGUGGCUACAGCGUCGGCGAAGAUGACUUAUCUACUCGAUGCAAUCAUUGAACAUUACGAACACGAGAAGAUCAUUGUCUUCUACGAAAACGAGAAUACGGCGUGGUACAUUGCUAGCAUGCUGGAUGUCAUCCAGAUCGAGUAUCUCAUCUACGCCAAGACAUUGACACAAAAGCGAAAGGCACAAUACAUCAACACUUUCAACAACGACACCAAGUUUCGCGUCAUACUUAUGGACAUAACACAGGCUGCAUACGGCCUUGACAUGCGGGCAGCGUCGCGCAUCUACUUCCUGAACCCCGUCCUCAACCCCCAGGUAGAGGCACAGGCCAUCGGUCGAGCGCGUCGUAUCAGCCAGCAGAAGGCCGUUUCGGUAGAGACACUAGUACUUCGAGGCAGUCUCGAGGAGGUUAUUAUAAUGCGGAAGCACAAGAUGAGCCAAGCAGAGCACAUCAAAUGCAAAAGCAUCCUCGAUGAUCGGCCAUUAUUCAACUACAUCCUCAAUUCUGGAUUCCUGCCAAUGCCAGAGGGCCAGCAUGAAGGGCUAGCGCAGACCGCAUCUCUGAGGCAUCCACAGCCAAUUUUCGGCAGGGGCUUCGGACGAGCUGUGCACCCUGAUGAAGACAUUUGGGUAACCGAUGGGGCUAUACCCCGGGCGACGGUAUUGGACGAGACGCCUACACGUAACGGGGCCACGGGGACAGCAAAUGGACUGGCAAACCGAGCGAAGCGGCCACAUGGCGAGGUUAUGAGUCCCGGGAAGCCGGGUGAGCCAAAGGGGGAGCAGGCAGAAGAAAGCGAGCCGGUCUCGAGGCGCAUACGCUUCGCCUGA